AUGUUGUCGCCGAAUCCAUCGCCUAAGACAUUCCCCUAUCAGUCCAGGCAACAAAGUAAUGCCCAUUUGUGUUAUACUUGACAUUUGAAUUUAGGUCCAUACGAAAAUAGGUUCACUCCAUUGAAUGGAAGGUCGCCGUUGGAAAGGAGAAGUCCGUUGGACGCUCGAAUCCCUUCACCGCAAAAUUCUUUGUUGUCUCCAAGGCCAGAUUAUGGACUAACUCAAUAUUAUGAUCCAGAUGAAGGGCCCUGUGAACUGGCUUAUUCAAGUCCUGUGAGGCCGGUGAAACGUUUCGAAAUUCAACCCUGGUUUGAGCAGCUUGUAAGUGGCUCUUUUCUGUAGCAUUUUAACUUCAUAUACCUUUCGUAUGUGAAUUAUAUUGUUUAGGUUCGAAAUAAAUUCUUUUGGGCAUCUGCAGCAGCGGCCCUGGCAGCAGCUCCAAUUUUUCUCUUACUGGUACUCAUUGUCCAAUCCAGCGUCCUUUCACCUUUCACAUCCGUAUUUAGUAAGUUAAUUUAUGAUUUGUCUUAUGCUUUUAGAUACAUUAUUGUUAUUCCUUCAAUUGGACUUCUAUCUUUCCCUCAUUUUGGCAUGUGCAACAGUUUUCGUCUUCUCGCAAAUCGUCUGUCGCCAUUGUUUUGGAAGUAAGUUUGUUUAUCUUUUCUAUUUCUAUUGGAUUUAGUGUUAUUUGAGCAGAACUAUGAUGUUACCAAAGAAGUCCCAUUGAUUGCUUGUUCGUUGACAAUUGUUAUCACCGUUCUCUUCUGGGUUUAUACUAGCUGUGCUGCUCUGGAAUCCACCGUUCUCACUGCCAGCGGGUACGAUUUUUUAUAGUAAUUUUUGAUUUUGUUGUUUUAGAUCAAUUUACGUGUUCUUUUGGGCAUUGACCUUAUUCGCGUCUUUUAACACCGCGUUCUCAGCCAAUUUCCGAUGGGAAUUUGUCAAUGUAGGUGCAAAAUUUUUUUAUUUUUUUUGUCUAUGUCAAGCGUAAUGUUUAUUUUCAGGAGACUCCAUUGAACUAUUUCCGAGCCAUCCUACCUGAUCUACUUUAUUAUACGGUUAUUGACACUGUACGGAAUGCUGCGAGAUCCCUUGUGUUCACAGUAUUAUUGUCUCCCCUCUUUUCUUUCACUCGAUCCAGCUUCUUUGAUCUGAUUCUGAGAGCCGGUUUGAUGAUCAAUCACUUUGCUGUUGUUCUGGCAGGUAUCGUAGCGGUCAGAUUCUCAUUCGAAUUGCUUAAUGCCAUCGUAAUGCAGCCAUUGAAUCUUCCAAUGCCAACUUCCACAACUUUUUUGAGCGAUGAAACUGAGAAAACUCAGAAGAAUGUGCUAAACGCGAUCUCAUCGGCCAAUUUGUUGCUAAGGGUAAGUAGUGUUGAGGCGUUGAUAUCAAGAUUGAUUUAGAUCUUUGGUUUCCAAGCCCUCUAUGAUCUCUCGAUGCGAUCCGAACAAGGCCGAGCAUUAAUUUAUUCGAUCAGUCAACCAGCCGGAAAGCCUAGAAAUUGGAUGGCUGUGAGGGAUGCCUGUAUGGAAUCCAUUGAAUACAUCCAUGAAUUAUUGGCCCAAAAAGUUGGCAAGAUCGAGACCAGGCCUGGAUUCGAAAAACAAAAGAAGUUGACACAACUUGGGCCAAGUGUGAGGUCGGCCAUGACACCUACGGUAAGACCAUUGGCUGCCAGAGCUCUCUCGGGAACGGCGACGGACCUCAACGAAGAAAAAAGAUUACAAUUCACUUCUCCCAGCAAAGCCAGACUAUUGUUGCCACCCAAUGUAAACCCCAGACAUUUCGGUAAGCUUUUUAUAUUGCUUUUGGAAUAUGGGAGAAUAAAACAGAAAUUUUGAAGUAUUUCCUUUGCAAAAUAUAGGUGAAAUCUGUUAAAGAAUUUUUUUUAAAAACGUAAGCAAAGCGUGUAAGCGGCAUACCGUAUUCCUGCCGGCGCUGGAAUUUAAAAAAAUAUGGUAGCGCUCCACUUUUACUUUUUUUGCCGUCUGGAUUACAGUAAUCUUGAGCGGAUAACCGGUUGUAAUCAAUCUUCUCAAAUGUUUCAACUAUUUUUUGGCGCAUUAAGUGAAAACGAAAUUGAUGGCUAAAAAGGAUUUGAAAAGUAGCUGAACUUACUCAAAACUUAGUCAGAUCCACACGUAAUAGUGUCUGGGGUAGUCUGUCUCAGACUUGUUACAAUUAAUUGGGUGGUUGCAUUUGGAGCACACUUCUUUAAACUUAUCGAAGACAUUAAAACGGGUCAUUUGGGGCAUCCGCUGGCUUUUUUCACGUAAUUUAUUCGAUUGGACGGAAGCUGAAGGAAUGAAUCGACUUUUACUACUCAAUAAUUGAGAUUUAUAGCUAUUGUCGGGAGUAAGAUUGAUCCCCAUUUUUAAUCGCGUUAACCUUUAAUAGUUAUAUGAUGGGGUUGAAAGUUUUGAAAAUGUCGGAUGAUUUUCUUGGGGAACAAAGUUCGGUUAUGCCGACUGGCGAUUGAUUGUUAUCCACUUCUCUGACCAAUCGUUGGCUUUUUUAAAUGGAAAUGGCAAGAGAAGCGUCUGAUCUGCCUAAAACCGUCAUAAAUAGCAUGCCAAAAGAUUGCAGUAAUGAUAUCCGGAUAUGGUUAGUCCAAGUGUUGGAGUUGUCCUCGGCAAAUAGGACACCAUGGCCUACCAUUUUUGUAUGAUUGGGGUGCUAAUUCAAUUUCUCGAAUAGCCAUUGAGGUGAGCUUUAGGCCAAUCAAACCCUUGGGCUAGCGUUUCCACUUGAAAUAGCCGUGGUUUUCGACGGUGGAUUAAUCGAUGUUUGCGGUUCAUAAUAGGUUGGAAUCGUGAUAAAAUAGUUAUGUAAUUUGUGCUGAAAUUUAACGGAACUGCUUUUAGAAGCUCCAAAACAAAAAGCGAGGACGUUUUCAUUAUCCUUGAGCAGCUUCCCACUUCUCAACAAAUGGAUCAACUUGUUCAAAGACAACCUUCUCAAACCAGCACCAGCCAUCCAAACGUAUUACCUGAUCCAGGCUGAGUAUGCCAUCAAUUGUUUGUCGGUUUUGACUGCGAAUUCGAUCAAGGAAGACCGAUUUGGAAUUGUGCAAAAGGAUUUGGCACCGAUCUUCUCCAUCCUGCUGCGUUUGGAAUUGGCCAUCGAUUUGUACAUCAGAUCCACCAGUGUAGGUUUAGUGUAUACUUUAAGUUAAACGUAGAAUUGAAGGAUCUACUGUAGACGCCCUUUUAUCAAAAGCGUGAAAGAAUUUUUCUUGUUUACUUUCGGGAUAAUAUUUUUUAAAUAUUCGUGGUGAAAGACUAUUUCACACCGUCAUGGCUGAUAAGAAUUGUUGUAAUCGUUGACUUUUAGAACCGUAAAGAGGAUGUGAUGAUCAGACCCAACCUGAGUCGACUCGAGGAUGUCCUGAUGGACUCGAUCAAACGUCUUUACAUCACGUACAAUGAUCACAUUGAUAGUCUUGAGCUGGCCCCAUCUGAAAGAGAUCUUCUCAAUAUCCUCUCGUCCAACUUCUAG